AGUUUCGUUGUAUUAUUUCAGCGAAAAAUUCAUCAUCACAGUAUCGGGCGUAUAUUUUUUGUUUUGUUAUUAUUUUGAAACAAUAAUAACUCAAAACCAAAUAACGAGCAUCAGAUGCAGCAAUUUUUACACUAAACUUCAGAUUCAGUGCCACGGAUCACAUCUGCAAGCUGAGUGUACAAAAAUAAAUCGACGAAAAGCUGCACAGCUGGCGCCCAACUGGCCAAAGGACAGGGUACAAGGAGCAAGGAACAAGUAAGAGGAGAGCAGCAAACACAGCGGGCAAGAAGAGAAAGAGGUCGCCUGGAGCAAUGGCAUUGGACAGCGGCACGCAAACAAUGACGGGCAGCAAUGCGCUGACAUCAUCCUUUACGACAAACAAGAAGAAGGAUGCCGCCGCCGAUAAGGAGAACCUCUGGUCAGCGAUAUUGAAUGAAGUACAAACACAAGGCAGCACAAAGUUACCGUCAAACAAAUCUGUACUAGUAUUAGGCGAUAAUGCCACUGGUAAGACGACGCUCAUUGCGAAGCUGCAGGGCGUGGAGGAUCCGAAGAAGGGAUCUGGCCUCGAGUAUGCUUACAUUGAUGUCAAGGACGAGUACAGAGACGACAUGACGCGCCUAAGCGUUUGGGUGCUGGAUGGCGAUCCAGGACACACAAAUCUGCUGCACUAUGCGCUAAACGAAACGAACUAUGCACACACCCUCGUCAUACUAACAGUCUCGAUGACACAGCCAUGGGGCUGGCUCGAGCAGCUCAACCAAUGGAUCAAGGUGCUUGCCCAGCACAUUGAGAGCCUGCAGUUAGAUCCCAAAGAGAAGGAGGCGGCACGCCAGCGUUUAGCAACGACGUGGCAAAGCUACUGUGAGGUCGGCGAUGAUAUGGAUCCCGGUUCGCCGGUUAAACGCACCAUGCACAACACUUCCAUCGAUGAGGAUGAUCUGUUGCCGCUGACAGAGGACGCACUAAUUACAAAUCUGGGCCUGGACAUUGUUGUGGUCGUCACAAAGACGGACUACAUGUCAACACUGGAAAAGGAGUAUGAGUAUCGCGAUGAGCAUUUCGAUUUCAUACAGCAAUGGAUACGAAACUUUUGUCUGCGGCAUGGCACCUCGCUCUUCUACACGAGUGUGAAAGAGGACAAAAACUGUGAUCUCCUUUACAAAUAUCUAACGCAUCGAAUUUAUGGUCUACCAUUCCGUACGCCAGCGCUUGUCGUUGAAAAGGAUGCGGUGCUCAUUCCGGCGGGUUGGGAUAGCCUCAAGAAAAUAAGUAUUCUGUAUGAGAACAUGCAUGCGGUUAAGGCUGAGAAUCAUUACACAGAUAUCAUCAAGGCGCCGCCCACACGAAAGGCCGUUUCCAAUCGCGAAACCGAGGUUCAGACGGAGGACGAGCAGGCAUUCCUGGCACGCCAGCAGGAGAUACUCAAGCAGGGCGGCCAGGUGCGCGGAGAGUCGCCGUUACGCUCGCAAGGAGCCAGUGCUGGCGGCAACAAGAGUGGACCACGCACACCCGGCAGUGCCGGUCAAAGUUCACCCAAAAAGAUUGAUCCCAAGCUGACGCCCGCCGCACCCGGCAGUGAAGGUGUGCUGGCCAACUUCUUCAAUUCAUUGCUACACAAAAAGUCGGGUGGACCAGCUGGUGGACCGGCUGGUCCCGGCAGUCCAGGUGGCGGCGGCGGCAUGUCCACGCCGCGCACUUCCAAUGGCACCGAUUCACUCAUGACCGCCGAAAAGCUGGCCGUGCGCUCCGAUGCGGCUGCUGAGCUGGAUCGUUUGGCGCGCAGCGUUAAAAAGGAUAUCGAUCUGUCCCAAAGUGAGUGUUGAAUGCAUAUUUCCCACACGACAACAACAACAAAAACAGCAACAACAACAGCAGCAGCAGCAACAACAACAACAACCAACAAGAAGAGCAGCAGCAGCAGAAGCAACAGUAAUACCAAGAGUAGCAGCACACAUAGUAAUUUAAAUCGAAAAAUCGAAAGAAAAAAAACAACUCAAAUGCACAGACUCAUAAAUUCAACAAAACAAUGCAUGUACUUUAAAUUCGGCUCUUAUUUUAAGCGCUUCCUUGGUUAAUUCGCAAAACUAAACGUCUGGCAACGCUGCUGCACAUUCAAUGAGCUGAAAAGCAUUGCCACCUGUUUAGCCAAAGUCACUCUGAAUACCGGAUUGAAAUUGGAAAAGAAAUGAAAUGUUGAAUUGAACGUGUGCACUGUUCAGUGAAUUAGCAUUUUAUGAGUUCUGGGCAUUGUGUAGGUUACGGAUUACAUAAAUAAACAUAUACAUAUAUGAAAAAAAAAAAUAUAAGACAAAAUACACACACACAUUAUAAAAUGGCUAAGCUUAAGCAAGCAAAGUGAAUAACUUGGGAGAGGGGACAGCGCGUCCUUGUCAUGCUCCUUUUUUCCUACAUGAAUGUGCUUAAUCUAUAAAUUGAUGUGCAUAUAUAUAUAUAUGUAUAUAUAUAUAUAUAUAUAUGAAUGAAUGAUUUUUUCGUUUGGUAUUAGCGUAGUUUGGGGCCACACAUGUGUAUAAUAAAUUAUUUAAAUUAUGUAAUUUUUAAAAUGUAAUUUGUAAUGUGUCAACUGUGCAAUGCUGUUGCGCACUGAGAGAUUUCAAAAGUACAUGCCCGAAGUGCCCAGAGGGUUUGGCAAAUGCUUAAAGACACACACACACACACACACACGCUCUUACAUCUAACUGUAGUUGAUAGCUUGUACGUACAUUUUAAUUAUAUUAAUUAAUUACACACA